ACAUAUGGCAGACUAAUAUAUAUUGGGCUCAGUCAUCCAAAGAGAUGAGCACGGAAGACCCUGUACACAGCAGUAAUGCCUGGAUUGUCUUAUUUAUCGCCGAGUCUAUCGUGAUCGUGAUAAGCAACGCCCUCACUCUUUUGGCAUUUGCUAAAAUCCACCAUCUACGCAAGCGCAGUACGUACCUAAUAAUAAACUUAGCUGUGGCAGAUUUGUUGGUGGGCGCCCUGACGGUGCCUAUUUCAGUACUGUAUUUUCAUAAAGAUGAAGACCGAGUCGUCUACUUAGGAGUCCUUAAAACAACAAUUAUAUUCAUCUUCCCGCUAGCCUCGCAAGUGAAUCUUUGUUUGAUUUCCAUGGAGCGCCUACAUGCAACCCUUUUCCCAUUCAGACAUUGCUUGAUUGGAAAAUGGUUUUACUAUAGAGGUAUCAUGGGCAGUUGGUUGAUUAACUUCUUCUUGACAGCUAUUAUGGCUUGGUUGGACAUCGCAGACAUUCAUCCAGAGUUCUUGUACGUUCACGGCACAUUGAUUGCGCUUUUUGUGGUUUUUAUCGCGGUUUCUCACAUAGCAGUUGUCAUAAAGGUUCAAAGCAGCCGUCACUCUCCACCAUGUGGCUCAUUACUCAAAGAACGGAAGCUUACAGUUACACUUUUCAUAGCCACUGGAGUUUCUGUACUGACUAUUCUGCCUUUCGCCAUCAAUUCUGCCCUGCCAGUCGAAACACCAGAUAGAUUGACCAGCAUUUCGAUCCACAUUGACUUGGCAUUGGCGGCACUUUAUCAUUUGAAUUCAAUUGUUAAUCCUUUCGUGUAUGCAAUACGAUUGCAGGAGUUUAGAGAUGAAAUCAGGAAGCUUAUCACUAGAUGAAUCAAAGCGGGUGGUAAACCGAAGAAACCGUUUAAGUGGCAAGGCAUAGAGAUCAUAAAGGAUCGAAAUGCAGAGGUGGAGCAGGUGACUUGCGUUAAGGAUUAUGAUAGGUGGCCUCGGAUGAAUAAACAAGUUUGCUCUGUCACGAAGAUUUCACUGAAUUAGUUGUAAUCAUUAUACCUCCAAAAAGGUUGUAACAUUAUUAUGGUCCUUGUAAGGCUGCCGGUUCAUUGUGGUUUCGACCUAUUAUAACUUCGUAUCC